ACUCUAGCCGAGGCCUCGGGAAUCCGGGAAACCGAACUUCUAGAACGUGUGAGGGGCCAGCUGCCUGGAGCCGCUCCAGACGUUGGCCCCGACUCUCGUAAGGCGCUCCAUUGCCAGUAUAUAAGUCCACGUCCACCUUGCUUGCCAGAACAUAUAGGUAACAUACGCAAACACGCUUCUAUAGCUUGCGCACACCUUGCUCACGCCAACCGGUUUUGCGCAUUCGACGUUCGCUCGCCGAACUCGCGACAUUCAACCUCGCCUCCUUCCCAUCACUUAAGCCAGCGCCAUGGCCACCACUCUCAUGAAGUCAGUCGCUUCCACCUCCGGCGCGGCCUCUGCCCGCCGCAAGACCGCCGCGCCAGCCGGCGCUCGCGCCAUCGCCAUGCGGUCGAUGCUGCCGGUCCGACCUUCGCGGCAGGGCGCCAUGACGCCUCAGGCCUUCUACCUCAACCCCUACGCCUGCAAGCCCGCGCGCGUGUACCGCUCCAGCCCCUUCUCACUGGGCAUGGGCCGUCUGGCGUCUGAGCUGCUUCGCGAGUCGGCGGCUUGCACCCACGCCGUGGACAUCUCCGCGCUGGAGGACCGCUAUGUGCUGACGUCCGACUGCCCAGGCAUGAGUGAGGAGGACAUCAGCGUUGAGAUCAGCCCGGAGCGUGUGCUCACCAUCGCCGGCGCCCGCAAGGCCAACCCGCUCCACCAACAGCCACGCCCCGCAGCCACGUCCAAGCCGGAGCCGCUGGCGGCAGCUGUGGACGGCGAUGACGCUGCCUCUGACGACGCGCCCGCUGCCGCGCCCUCACCUCCCGAGCCGGCUGUGCGUGUGUCUUACCGCUUCAGCCGCUCGUUCGGCCUGCCUGAGGACGCGGAGGUGGAGGGCGUGAGCGCGUCGCUGGACCGGGGCGUGCUGACGGUGACGGUGCCGCGGCGUGCGGUGGACAAGCCCAAGCCGCGCCGCGUCAGCGUGUCGGCUGCCGCUGGCACAGCCGCGCCGGAGCCGCCCAGCACCGCCUAGUGCUGAGGAGCAGUAGGCGCGGAACAGAUGGAAUCAGUAGUGCGUGCAAAUCAUGUUGAGGCACGGCAAGCGCUUGCAGAGUGGGGUCCUGCAAGCAAGCUAAGGGGCCGCUGGCAUCCUGUGGCAUUGACUUCGUUAGCCCUCGUGUCAAAUCCAUAGGCAUGAUUCCAGACAGUACUGGCAAGUGCGGGGAUGUGCGGUAGCAAUCUGACGUGGCGCAGCAUGUGUUUUGAGUGUUGUACCAUAUCAAACGUGAUGUGGUGGCUCGGGAUAAUUUCAUGCAUGGCGUUGCAGAGUACAAUUGAAACAGGCCUGCAUUGGGCAGUCGGACGAUUUAUUGAGCGAGUGUGCUGCUAGCAGAUGCUGCCUGAUUACUCCCGUCCUGGGCCCUGCCGGAAAGUUGGAAACAGUGCGUUGCACCAGUGCGCACGCGACAUUAUCAAAGUGACCGUGGGUGAACUAAUGAGUCCCUGAGCGCAUGCUGGUUUGUACUGUAAUAAUAUACCGGUAC